AUGGCUGUCGCGGUAACACGCCUUCCGAUGAGGAUAUGGAUUCUUGCUGGCUCAAUCAUUCUUUCAUUCGUCAUUUUUUUUACUUUUUCAGCCGACUCUGUGAGAUAUCCCGUUGAAUUCGCUCAACAAAAGGCGCAACAGUACUGUGGCUACCAGUCAAAACCUUCAUUUACACCAGUUCCCACUCCUGACACUACUCCUACUCCGGAGCCUACACCGGAAGCUACUCGCAACUGCGAAGAUCCUUACCGACGUCCUGGAUACCUUCAUAUACCCAAGGACCCAGCGGACUACAGACAGACACAAUGGAUUCCAUUCACUGAAGACUAUCUCAACUCUGAACCUCCCGAGUAUGCAGCAUAUCCAGCCAAGCACGAGCUUAUUUUCAAUGACACCGCCGUUGAGCCUGAGUUUCUCAACGCUGAAGGUAACCCUCAACAAUGGAUGCGCAUGGCCGUCGACGAGAACCAACGCCGCAAUGAACAAGCACUAGUACCAUCCACAAGAAAAGCAACAGUCGAUGACUUUAUUGAUAUGAAACACGACGGCGGCUUUGGCUGGCUAUGGGGUCGACGUGUCGUCAUGUUCGGAGACUCGGUCGAUCGCUACAUGACAACUUACUUCUGUAACGAAUUCGGCAUCCAACCAAAGUUCCCCAUCAAGGACAAGUCAGGCAGACAAGCCAAAGUUGUCUGCGAAAUCCCAUCUUUCAACUUUACCAUGGUGUACUUCCACUCCGUGGGAUCAUUCACAUACCGACCCAACUGGUGGUGGAUCAAGAACAUCAAGAGCGUCGCCUGGGAAGAGCGCUGGGGCAUCCUCUGGAAACCGCAUGAAGCAUCGAUCCAAGGCCCCAAUGGCCGCCCCGACUUGGUUCUCUGGCAGAACGGACUCUGGGACCAGCGAGCUUUCUGGGAGGGCGGCACAGCUAUGCACAACGAGGGCGAUAAGCCCAUGACUAAGAAAUAUAGACAAAUGGUCUGGGAAGAAGUCCGUUUUGUCACAGCGCGUAUUAAGAAGAUCGCCAACAUCUUGAACGGGCAGUUCGCCGGUGCACCUAUCAUGUUUAGAGCCUUGACGGUUCAUAGACAGAGUGGUAUGGGCGAUGCCAUAAUGAUGGAGAUGGACCGUUUGGGCAGAGCCGUGGCGGAACGAGCCGGGCAUGAGAUGUUCGAGUGGGCUAGAUUGUUCCAUCUCAUGGGUGAUCUAUAUCAGGAUGGUAUGCAUCCUGGCAGGGGGCCUGCAAGUUGGUUGUGGGGGAAUAUCAUGUUAGAGUAUAUUGCUAGAUCUGCUGGGGCAGAGGUAGGAGGCGAGGCCAGGUCGCCGUAUUUUAGCGGGUGGGAUGCUUGCCAUAAGGAAUUAUCUGGCUGGGGAGGACGGUGA